AUGACUAGCCAACGGUGGCUGCCCCAGCUGGUGUCACCAGACGUUUGGAACCACACCUUGGUUGUCAUUACGCCGCAGAACGUCUCCAAAGACCUCUGUUUGCUCUACAUCGCCUUGGGCUAUUUCGGCUCUCCAUUGGUGCCUUCGUCGCAUGUGGCCAGCUCCAACGAGGACGUCCAGGCGGCGGCCAAGAUGGCGCUAGCUGCCGGCACCCACGCGGCAGUGCUUUUCAACGUCCCUGCUGAGUACUUGACACCACCACAACUGGACUUUCCUCAUCCUUUGGUGGAGGAUCAAAUGCUCUCGGCCAGCUGGGCUUUAUUCCGGGACCGUGGCCUGUCACAGACACCCCUGGAGCUGCCGAUGACCAAGGCUGCUGUGAAGGCCAUGGAUGUGAUCGGCGAAUUUCUGGAUGUGCAUUCGUUUGUGCUGGUCGGCGCAAGCAAGCGUGGCAACCUGUGCUGGCACACAGCCACUGUGGACGCUAGAGUCCGCGGCAUUGUGCCCAUCGCACGAGCAAUCAAUCUGGGUGCAGUUUGGGCGCGCACGCAGAGACAACUGGGAGGCUUCCCCAUGGUUACUCAGGACUACGUGGAGAAGCACUUGCUGGCUGGCUAUUUGGAGACACCCUCUGGCGAGCCGCUUUUGCACAUUGAAGAGCCCUGGAUGCAAACAGGUUCGGUUAUGACUCAUGACUUUCUGCUGCAGGAUCCCUUUUUCUACCUGGAGCGCACCGCUGGUCUGCCAAAGUUUAUCAUCAACGCAGCCAGCGACGACUUCUUCAUCCCUGACAAUACCCGCGAGUGGUGGGACGCAGUGCCCGAGCCAAAGUGGAAACUUGGUUGGAAGUUCAAAGAGUGUUCCAUCUGA